AUCAUUUCAUUUAUAUCAAACAUCUACAAUAUGUCCAUCUUCAUCUGCGGCGCAACCGGCACCCAAGGCGGCGCUAUCAUCCACCACCUCCUCAACAAAGGCCUUACCAUCAAAGCCAUCACCCGCGACUUGACCUCCCCUACCGCCAAAGCCCUCCUCAACGCCGGGGUCAUUCUUACCCAAGGCAACUACGACAACGAAGAAACUCUCCAAACAGCUCUCAAAGACUGCACCAGUCUCUUCCUCAACCUGAUGCCCAGCUUCACCGACCCCAACCACGAAUUCGAACAAGCCAAGAAAAUCCUCUCUAUCGCCAAACAAGCCGGUGUGAAGCAGGUCAUCUACUCCAGUGCCUUUGGUGUCAACCAGCCUGAACUUUUCGAUCCAAGCAGUUUCGUCGGAAAGGUUCUUCUAGGCAAGAAGGCGAUUGAAAACCACGUCCGCGAUGCUGGGUUCGAACACUGGACAGUUCUUCGGCCGGGAAAUUUCAUGUCCAACUUCCUUUUACCCAAUGUGUUGAUGUAUGGGGGGUUGGUGGAGACGGGACGGUAUACGACUGCCUGGACGAAAGAUACUGUCCUCCCCAUGGUUGAUCCGAAUGAUAUUGGCCAAUUUGGAGCAGCUGCCGUGUUGGAUCCAGUCAGAUUCAAUCAGAAGGAAAUCGAAAUUGCAUCAGAACUUAUGACAGUCAACGAUGUGAUGCUGUGUCUGUCCAAGGCUGCCGGAAAGGAUUUGCAGGCUGUAUAUCUGACAGACAAGGAGAUUGAGGAGCAGAGUGCACAGAACCCGCUUAUCGACAUGCAGGUGAUGAUGCGUGGAAUGGCACGAUUUGUGGAUAUGGAGAGCCUCAAGGCGUGGAAGAUUGAAUUGGGAAGUUUUGAGCAGUUUUUGGAGAGAGAAAAGGAGAGGGUUGAGCAGACUUACAUUGGCUUACCGUGAAACUGUUGCCUGGUCUGAUAUAGUACAUCAAAUACUCGAUACAGUGAAUAAAUUGAGACAGGCUACUUUUUUAUUUCACUAUGGUAAUUUAGUGUAGUCGCCCAUAUCUGGACGAGCCCAUUUAAAUAUAUAUCUGUAGACUACACGUGACAGAUCAUGACCCAUAUUUUCUGCCUAUUCUAGGCCAUUCCCAUAUAUUAAUUGAAUUUUAG